CCUCGAGCCGGGCCGCCAAACGCUGCUGCCAAACGCCUCCACAGCGUGCCGGCGCCACGUCUUCUUUCUUCGCACACCCACCAUCCCGUUCCACGCACCUCUGACUCACACAUCCACUGCCUCCGGCACGCACCCAUCCGAGUCACCUCCAGGUCUUUCACGCCCACACCGCACCACGCGGCCUGCCCGCUGCCGGGCGUCAAAAGGGCGCUGCGCCGCGGGCACCUGGCGCUGUCGCCGCACUCGCGAUACCCGCGCCUGCACGAUCCUGUCCUCUGUCUGCGCCAGCCAGGAGCACACUGCCGCACACGCGCGUCCAUACCUGACAGCGCAAGCUGCCCGUGUCAGCACUUUUACCGCAACGCGCUAGCCCUCCGCUUUCGCCGCCAUGGAGCUCGCUCUCGAGACCUCAGAGGCGCACGUCUUUCUCUGGCCCGGCUCGACGCCGGACGCCGAGGGCGUGCGCGACUCGGCGCCCAAGGACGAUGCUGUGCUCGUCGCCUUCGUCGCGCUGAGCAUCCCGCCGGGCACGACGCCGCCGAGCAAGAUCCAGGCGCUGACGCUCAACUUUGAGGCGACGGAGAACAUCGGCUUUCCGAGCGGCUUCUACGAGACCAACACGCCCUUCUCCGUCAAGAUCAACUGCGAGCAGGCGGCCAACAUGCCGCUCAGCUCGGGCAAGGUGUAUCGCUGGGAGUUCCCCAUCCGCGUGCCGCACGACUCGCCGCCGUACGAGCGCUGCAACUCGGGCCGCGUGUACUACCGCCUCUCGGCAAAGGUGACCUUUGCCGGCGGCCUGCUCAAGAAGCGGCCGCUCGUUGCGGAGAAGGACAUGUUCUUGAUCACAGUGCCGACGCAGGACGGCGUGCUGGACUAUGCACGGAGCCACGGCUCCUUUGCCGAGCACCUCGGUCCGAUCGCCAUCGUCGUGCGGUCACAACAUCUGACUGUCGGCGGCUAUGCGCGUCUCGCUCUGUCUCUGCCAUCGCCGUCGCCGACACUACAGAUCGAGUCUGUUGCCAUGUCGCUGGUGCAGCACACGGUCGUCAAGUCACGGAAAGGCACACCUGCUGCCGCAGAGGCAGCGCGGCCCGAGCGGCUCAACUUCUUCACGAUCGACGCUGCCGAGAUGCUCUCGAAGAAGACGUCCGACGGCGCGUAUGACGGCAGCUGGAUCGCGCGCUUACCAAAGGAUGAUGUGACCAGGCCAAGCACGUUGCCGAACAGCAAGGCAGCCAUCCGCAUCUCGCACACGCUCGAAGUGCGCAUCGUGUUCCGGCCUGACGCGAGCGCGCCCGACGCCAAGCCGCUGGUCUACUCGGCGUCGUGGAGCGUGGUGCUGCCGCACUGCUGUUGUCUGUGGCGCAGCCUGCGCUUGCCGACCUACUCCAUCUCGGACCCGGACCCGGUGCCGGAGCGCGGCCGCGACGACUGGCAGCCGGAGAAGUACGCCAACAUCCACGUCUCGCAGUCGGGCUGCGCCUGCGGCGAGACGCUGCAGACGCUGCUCGAGUGGGAGGACGAGGCGGACGACGACCAGGCGCUCUGCACCACGCGCGCCAUUCGCGAGGACAUGCACGCGCAGUGGAUCCGGGAAGGCCCGGGCUCCGUGCGUGCCGCCGCAGCGACGCAUCUGCAGAUGCGGUCCCGCGCCGCCAACGGCCGGCGAGCGCCCGGCGCAGACGACGAGGAGGCGCAGCCCGAUGCAGCAGCCGCGGAGGACGAGGCUGCGGCGCUCGAGAGUGCCCUGCGUCUGCCGGAGCAGCUCAACGAGACGCCCGAGGAGCGGCGCGAGCGCGAGCGCCGCGCAAAGGAGACGCAGCAGUACGUCAGCGUCGAGGACUACCAGCAGCCGUGAGACAGCGUUCAGCACCGCACCACACAUUCGAUAUCACGGGAAAGGAGACGAUAGAAAAGGGACCUCUCUGCAACGCCGCAUCUGCACCAGCUAACCAACCAAUGUCACGCCAUUCUGCCAUC